GACCCCAGGGCUUCCCACAUCUGAGGCGGGGGGGGGACCCCAGGGCUUCCCAGUACCAAGUGGGGCAUGGUGGUGGAGCGCUGCUGAAGGGGACCCCAAACUCCAGACGCAGGGAUGAUCUAUGCGGGAGGGUAGGUUGGGGCUCCUGCGAGGAUAUGGUUUCCGGGGGGACCAGGGUGUAUUUAUCACUAGGGGGAGUUUGUGGGUGAGAAGAGCUGCAGGCUAGAGUUGGUUACAGCCCUUGAAACCCCCAGUCCUUCACCCUCUGCCCCCUUCCCUUUGCAAAGGAGGGACCUGCCAUGCCCCAUUAGGCUGCCCUGCAGGGAAUGGGAAAUUGUUAAAAGUUCAGGAUUAUCAUGAAAGGAUAUGGGAGUUGGUUUUGUUGUUGUUGUUUUUUAUGGUGUGAGGGGAGAAGCUGAGUAAAGAAGAGUGGAUUGAUUAAUUGCUGUGGAAGAAAAACAUAAUAGAGAAUUUUGUUUCAAAAAUUAGUAAUAGAGCUAAAGGUGUUACUUCUUUGGAGGGAAAAUCUAAGCAAUGGUUAGUCUCUCUCUCUCUCCUUCAAAAAAACAAAACUACCAAAGAAGUAUUUAGAGAAAAAAACACUGAGGCUUUCAUAGCUAUCCCCAUUUUAAGUGCACUUACGCAGUAAUUAGGAGAUUUACAGACUUUAUUUUGUUGCUACUACUACUGAACCCUUCAAGGAUGAUGUUGGCAGAGCAAGCCCAGAAGUGGUUCCCAACCCACGUGCAGGUUACAGUUCUUCAAGCCAAAGAUCUGAAGCCAAAAGGCAAAAAUGGCACCAACGAUACCUACACUAUUAUACAACUGGGCAAGGAAAAAUACUCCACCUCAGUAGCUGAGAAGACCCUAGAGCCAGUCUGGAAAGAAGAGGCCUCAUUUGAGCUCCCUGGAUUAUUGAUGCAGGGGAAUCCAGAGAAAUACAUCCUCUACCUGAUUGUCAUGCACAGGUCGCUGGUGGGGCUGGAUAAGUUUUUGGGACAGGUGGCAAUAAAUCUAAAUGAUAUAUUUGAGGACAAGCAACGAAGAAAAACAGAAUGGUUUAGCCUAGAGUCCAAACAAGGGAAAAGAACUAAAGACAGAGGAGAAAUAAAGGUCAAUAUUCAGUUUAUGAGGAAUAAUAUGACAGCAAGCAUGUUUGAUCUGUCAAUGAAGGACAAAACAAAAUCCCCCUUUGCUAAACUGAAAGACAAAAUGAAGGGUCGAAAGAAUGAUGGGACACUUUCGGAUACAUCCUCUGCAAUCAUUCUGAGUACUCACAUACCUGAUACGAACAUUGACAUCUCCAGUAAUGAAAUACAAAUAAAAUCAAAACCUAAAAAACCUUUCCUUUUGGGACCUCAGCGAUUAUCUUCAGCUCAUUCAAUGUCUGAUUUAACUGGAUCACAUGUCUCUUCAGAAAAAAUGAAAUCCAGCACAAUUGGCCAUACCAACCUUUUCAGAAGUCAGUUAGAAUCUUUUAGUUCUGUCGAUGAAAGUGGAGGUCUAAAAUCUCCACAUAGGAGGACAUUAAGUGCUGAUACUUCUAAAAUGAACCAGCUUGACAACACAGCUGAUGAAAGUGAAUCAGCAUCUAAAGCACAAAAUGACCCCUUUACAAAUGUGAGUGCUUCAUUACCCCAAAAGUUUGCUACGCUGCCAAGACAGAAAAAUCCAUUUGAAGAAAGCCCUGCAUCAUGGGACCAAAACAUAAGUCUGUUUUCCAGGCCUGUUGAAAUCAAAAAAGAAAUUAAAAAAGAGAAAAAGGAGAAAGUUAGCCUUUUUGAAAGAGUGACUGGAAAAAAAGAUAGCAAGAAGUUGGAUAAACUUAGCAACGGGGGAUCAGACAGUUCCACUGACUUGAAAUCCCCUAGUGCAUUUGAUGCAAGUCAUAAGGAGAGUUUUGAUUAUGAUUCACGUAAUCCAUUUACAACCAACUUCAAGCCCACAAGCAUGUUGCCUACAUCUAGUUUUACUAUGAAUCCUGCAAGCAUUGAAGACCUCAGGAAAACAAUGGAUGGAAAUCCUUUUGAUGCCACUGCAGGGUACCGUAAUCUUACAUAUGAAGAGGUCUUGCAGGAGCUGGUGAAACAUAAAGAGCAACUUAGGAAGAAAGACACCCAUAUCCGUGAACUUGAGGACUACAUUGACAAUCUUCUUGUACGAGUAAUGGAGGAAACACCUAGUAUUCUCAGAGUGCCAUAUGAACCUUCUCGAAGAGCUGGCAAAUUUUCCAAAAGCUAAGCAGAAAAAAGAAGUUUAGGAAGAGAAAUAAGAAGACUGACUUAGAGGUAUGAUUCUGAAGAACUAAAGUGACCCAAUCUCAAGUUGGGUUUUUCAUGUGAUGCAUCUUUCCUUUGAUUUCCAAGGCUGCUAGGAAAAGGGUGUAUUGCUUAGGCAUGCCUCACAAAGACCUGAAACUAAAAAGAGGAGAUCUGUAUUCCUUUUCAACCAUUUUGAAGGUCUGCUUUUAAUAAGGAUGAUGGAAGAGGUAUUUAAAUAAGCAUGCAUCUAAUCAUUUAUAUUUGCAUGUAACAUGGUGUACAAAAGUAUGUACUGUUUCACACAUCAGCCAAAUACAGUAAUCAACUUCUAAUGGGAAACAAUGAUGUAAGGAAAAAAAACUUUACUGUACUAAUAUCCACUAAAUUAUUUUAUUUUAAUUGCCUUGUAAGUCUUAAAUGGGUUGUCUGUUACUGUGAAAUUCUGAGGUGUAUCAGAACCUAUGCAGGAGAAUAUAAUAGCAUUGGAUUUAAGAAGUUAAAAUUCUUGGUUUUGAAAGAAAAUUUUAUGUGCAUGGUGGCAGGAUUGUUUGUUUUUUGUUUUCUCCAUUUGUUCUUGUAAACUGCUUAUUUUUCUUGCACUGGCAUGUGGUGGGCUUUUUUGAGGAGGAAAAAAGCCUAAACUUCCAAUUUUUGUUGUUGUUUUAAAGAAUAAGACUUUUUUUUUUUCAUGUUUAAGACUUCAAAAAUGAAUAAAUCCACCUUGAAUUGUUCUGAUUCUGGACACUAUGAGAUAAACCAUUGGAAUCAGAGACCUCUUGACAAUGUAACUAUAUUACAACAGCAUUGCAUUGUACUCCGAAGAAAAUUAUUUCUUUGUACAGUGUAAAUAACUUUUCACUUCUUGACUUUAUUUCUUGUUUUACUUUUCAUUCUCCAAAAUGACGUGGGACAGUACCUGGGAUGGGAAAAAAGAUUGAUUGUGCCAGGUUCAUAAAAAGUGUUAAGUAUGAAAGUCCUGACCCUGUGUUGGGCUAUAUUAGCAUGAACCAUUAUGCUUGGGCGGAGUGACUACAGUGAGACUCCUCCUGGUUGUAGUGUUCUGCGUUAGCAGAUCAUGUUUCAGGAUUAAGGCCUGAUUUACUAAGUAGUUGCUAUUAAGACCACCCAAGGAUUCAUCAGGUAUUGUACCUCAUAAACUAAUAUGAAUGUUCUUUUGUCUACUUAACUCUAAAUGACUAAGUUUAUUGUAAUAUAUUCAAAGUGCCAAAGAUAGCAUAUUAAGUUACAGUUCAUUUAUUGUUCAGUUAGUUUUUGCACUUGAAGGAGAUUUUAAUUUAGAAAUUAUACAAGGUUGUAUGUCAAUUGUUCAGUAUUCCCACAAAGAUUCUCAAACAUUUUAGAGUAGUUUGUCUAAAGCUAAUGACUUCUAUAUAUACUGGGGAAAUGUGCCAUUGAAUUUGAAGCUGAACUCCACAUUAAUUUCAAAAAUCACUAGCGCUAUGUGAUCCUACGUUUGUAAGGUUUCUUCUCUCAUCACUGUCUUAUACAUAUCAAUAGGAAUUUCACAAGCAAACCAGUAGGAAAAUAUUCCCCAAUGACUUUAAACUUCUCCAAGCCAACCUAUAGUUAUUGAAAUGAAACAUUACUGUAUUUAGAACCUCUGAAAUGACUUCUAUUGGAAUGUUAAUGUGGAAUAUCAAAAUGCAUAAUUGAUUAAAAGUAGAUCAUUUGACAUAUUUGCAUAGCAGAAAUGAUAAGCAGAUUAAAGGUAGCAAAAAGAUCAAUUUUACUGCAUUAGUGAAGAAAUUUAGUGAAAUUUUUAAUGUGCUAUCUAGUUCUUUAUCUGAUCUGUAACUGAAUAAAAGCACCUUUUGUUUCUCCUAGUUUAUCACUAUGUCUUGAAAAAGACAAAUGUAGCUUAGAAAAAGGUACAAUUACUAAAGUAUGCAGAAUGAAGCAUGUACAACUAUAAAAAUAUUUGUACAGUGUUUGUGUAAUUUAAGGUACAAGUUAUUUUUGGUUUAAUUUUGGAAAGAUAUUAAAUGCACAUGCUUUUCUUCUUUAAGUAGGUUUUUUAAAAUGAUUCACAUUUUGUGGGGAUUUUUACAGGCUAUUUUUCAAGGACAUCUUGACUGUAAAAGUAUUUUAUGGACCAUGCAAAAUUUUCAAAUCAAAACACUUCAUGCAGAAUAUUCCGUAUGUGUAUAAGACACAAGGAAAUUUCUGUUGAUUUUACUCUUAAGCAUAACACUAUAAAUGCAUCUUCUAACAGCUUCUGAAUCUGUAAUACCUUACCACACACAAUCCAUCUUUCAGUACUCUAAAAUCUAAAGAUGAAAACAGUGGCAAUCCACACACUUUUAUUGAUCUUUUCUCUGAAAAAUUAACAUGAAGCUUCAUCAGUAUAUGUACUGUACUUUGAAAUAUUCCUUUGAAACAGCUCUGGUACUAGCAAUGUGUUUAACUACUUUAUUGAAUGAAUAUCAAGGCAAUAUUUUAGAGUUGUAAAUAACCAAUGAACUUCUUGUCAUUCAAUAAGUCUGUUUAAUAUUUAUGUAUUACUUUUUGCUGCUGUAUUUUAUGUUGAGCUUGGUUUUGCCACCUACCAAUGAGUGUAGCAUUAUCCAUAGAUUAUACAUAACUCCAUCUAGUGCUGUUGUCUGUAAAUCAAGAAUUAGUUGUAAUUUUCCAACUAUAAAAAUGCCUUGUAUUUGAAAGGGUUCUACAAAUGGGGACCCAAACAGAACUGAGCUCAUUAGUAACCAGCUUGCAUUAUUUUGCUGUAAGGAUGUCCUUUCUUUAACUAGGUGCAUCUUAAAAGAAACAGAACUGCUGUCUUAAUAUUUUUACUACUGCACUGGAGUUUUAUUUACACCUAUAGCUUUAAAAAAAAAAGUUGUCCUACACCAAAUUUUUAAACUAAACUCAUGCUUUGUUGCUGUUUGUGUAUCCAUAACUACGGUAGUUAUGUUAGAGGUGUCAGUUGUGCAUUUUAAAAUGGUUAUAGCCUCUUGAUCCACUUGCUCUCUUUUGAGGUAAAUGGUGAAGGGUUAUAGCACUGCUGUGUUCCUGAUAUUAGAUUUAAGGGUUUAUCAGUAUUUUCAUUCUAAACCCCUGUUUUCAGGGAUUUAUAACUUCUAAAUCUAGAUAUAGUCGCUGGAAGUGUUUAAUAUGCAAUAGGUGGCACUUUAAUCUGUUUAUGAAGGUUGGGAGAUUUAUUUCUGUUGAGAAAGGCAAAGACAGCAUUUAUUUUAUCUUUCAUAAUUUGUAUGUUGAAAAAUCCACUCUAUUUGCUGUUAAGUGUAUUACAAAUGAUACAGUCACUCUUAUUCUUCUUAGAAGCUUCCAGCUGGCCUGUAUUAUGUUAGGUACAAUAAAAUGCUGAAGAUCCAAGUUACAUAGGAGGUCUGUAAAAGAUGUGAGCAUUACUUAAAACAAAAGGGUUGAUUUGUCUCGUGCAAUGAAUGGUAGCUUGUGUACAUUUUUAAAGUUAGAGAUUCACAACUAUAUGCACCCGUGACAACUGUAUACAUACGAUAUUGCAUGAAACGUUUUUGUUAUAUUAUAUGCACAAGGUGUUGAACUCUCUUCAGUUGAUUAAAAUACGUCAUUUUAA